AUGGAAUGGUGCGCCUCCGUUCAACACCCAGGACGCAGCAAACUCGCAAAAUAUUCUCAAGUUCCAUCAAUUUCAAUGCAAGAUUCAAUCUUGACAAUUCCUACUCUACCAGUAGAACUCGUCACUGAAAUCCUUUUAAGGCUUCCAGUAAAAUCUCUCUUGCAAUUUAGGUGUGUUUCAAAAUCUUGGUUUGAUUUACUCUCUAGUCCUGAAUUUAUCAAGUCCCAUCUCAACUUAUCAGCUAAUAACAAGGACAACACUCACCAUAGGCUCAUGUUGAGUUAUCCUUAUACGUACAAUUUUAAGGAUUGGUCUCUUAGGUCUUUACUUUAUGAGUCUGAUGUGAUGGAGGCACCUGACUUGAAGUGGCCCAUGAAAAACCCCCCAAACCCUUUUUGUUUUACGGAUUCUGUCAACGGAUUGAUUUGUCUUAUUGAUGGGUCAAAAGAUUUGUUUCUAUGGAAUCCAUCCAUUAGAAAGUACAAGAAAUUGCCUGAUUUUAGAACUAAUUCGAGGGAUGUUAGCCAUUUCAUAUAUGGUUUUGGAUAUGAUGAGCUCCAUGACGAUUACAAGGUAGUGAGAUAUACUUACUGUGAUGGCCAUUCACAUGAUGUUGAGGUCAACAUAUAUAGUCUAAAGAGUGAUUCUUGGAGAAACAUCCAUUAUCUUCGAGGUGGGAUGAUAUUCUCUCUUCCGGGUAAGUUUGUCAAUGGGAAACUAUAUUGGGCUACGUUUCUCAAUGGGGAACAUCCUAAUAAUAGCAAUUGUCCUCUGUGUAAGGACCGUAACAUAAUUUCUAUUGAUUUAGUCGACGAGAAAUUGGAAAAGGCGGAGCAGCCAUCCUAUGGAGAAGGAGCUAAUGAUUUGCGACUAGGAGUGUUGGGCAAUGAUCUUUCCGUCUAUAUUAAUAACGAGGGAAAACAUGUAUCUCUUUACCAUCAACUGAGACAACGAUUGCUUUAUUGGCCUUAUAAUCGAGCCACCCCUGGGUGUUUCCUUGCUGCUAAUCAUUAA